AUCAUUUACCCACCUCCCUGUAAAAGUAAUCCCAUCACACGCGUUUGAAGGACUUAGAGAUUCUUUUAUCAUUGAAAUCUCUCAGAGCGACUCCCUGGAGAGAAUAGAAGCGAGUGCAUUUGACAGCCUUCCCACCUUGUCUGAAAUAUUAAUCCUGAACACGAAAAAUCUAUUACACAUAGAGGAUGGAGCAUUCAGAAACCUUCCAAGGCUAAAAUACUUGAGCAUUUGUAACACCGGAAUAAGACAAUUUCCAGACCUAACACAGAUCUUCUCCUUAGAAGCUCAUUUCAUUUUGGAGCUUUGUGAUAACUUGCGUAUGACAACGAUACCACAAAACGCUUUCCAAGGGAUGAACAAUGAAUCGCUGACGCUCAAAUUGUAUAAAAAUGGAUUUGAAGAUAUCCACAGCCAUGCCUUCAAUGGGACAAAGCUGAAUCAAUUAAUCCUGAAGGACAAUAAGAACCUCAGGCGAAUACACAACGAUGCCCUGAGAGGAGCCACAGGGCCAGAUGUUCUGGAUAUUUCUUCAACGGCACUGGAGUCCCUGCCUAGUUACGGGCUUGAGGCCAUUCAAGUCUUAAAUGCAACAUCAUCUUACUCAUUAAAGAGACUGCCACCACUGGAUAAAUUCAGCAGUCUUCUGGAAGCUGUUCUGACAUACCCCAGCCACUGCUGUGCUUUUCGAAAUCUAAGGACAGAAAAACAAAAUUCCUUGCUUUCCAUUUUUGACAACUUCUCCAAAGAGUGUGAAAACACCAUGAGGAAACCAACUAAUGAGAUAUUCUACUCGGCCAUUUUCGAUGACAGCGAGAUGACCGGCUUUGACUUUGAGUAUGACUUUUGUCAGCCUAAAAUACUGACGUGCACUCCAGAACCGGACGCGUUCAACCCCUGCGAAGACAUCCUGGGAUACAGCUUCCUCAGAGUCCUGAUCUGGUUUAUAAACAUCCUUGCCAUCACGGGCAACUUCACCGUACUCCUCGUUCUCAUAACCAGCCGCUACAAGCUGACGGUUCCUCGGUUCCUCAUGUGCAACCUGUCCUUCGCCGACUUCUGCAUGGGGCUCUACCUGCUGCUCAUCGCUUCCGUGGACGCCCAGACGAGCGGGCAGUACUACAACCACGCCAUCGACUGGCAGACGGGCAGCGGCUGCGGCACCGCCGGCUUCUUCACGGUCUUCGCCAGCGAGCUGUCGGUGUACACGCUGACGGUGAUCACGGUGGAGCGGUGGCACACCAUCACCAACGCCAUGCAGCUGGACCGCAAGCUGCGCCUCAGGCACGCUCUGCCCAUCAUGCUGGGGGGCUGGGUGUUCUCCAUCCUCAUAGCGCUGCUGCCUCUCUUAGGGGUCAGCAGCUACAUGAAGGUCAGCAUUUGUUUGCCCAUGGAUAUUGAAACGGGUCUUUCCCAAGCCUACAUAUUGCUGAUCUUAGCGCUCAAUGUCGUCGCCUUCAUAGUCAUUUGUGCUUGCUACAUCAAGAUUUACAUAGCCGUCCAGAAUCCGGAGCUGGUAGCCGCCAACAAAGACACCAAGGUCGCCAAGAGGAUGGCAAUCCUCAUCUUCACGGACUUCACCUGCAUGGCCCCCAUCUCCUUUUUUGCCAUAUCUGCUGCCUUUAAAGUGCCCCUCAUCACAGUGACAAACUCCAAGAUCUUGCUGGUUUUAUUUUACCCCGUCAACUCCUGCGCAAACCCGUUCCUCUACGCAAUUUUCACCAAAGCGUUCCGAAGGGAUUUCUUUCUGCUGAUGAGCAAGCUUGGCUGCUGUAAGAGCAGGGCGGAGCUUUACAGGAUGAACUACUUCUCUGCUUACACCUCCAACUGCAAGAACGGCAGCUCGGCCACAGCCCCCAGCAAAGCCUCACAAGCGCUGCUGCUCUUGUCGGCGUUAGAGAAGCCGUGUCCCCCAGGACGAGACAAGACAUCUUAG